UAGAGGGCGUGGAUAUAGAGUACAAACUGGUUACUAGACCAGUGUUGUCAACGUUCACCGUGACGUCCGUUUGGUCGAGUGAUUGAUCUUUCUGCCUUUAUAUCUAUGAUCUGUGCUAAAUAGAGAGAUCAAAUUUUCUAUAUCUAAAUUUCUACUCUCUUUUAUUCUUGCUAAUUGUGCAAAAACAAAAAUGUCAUCUGAAGUAAAUCAAUUGCAGUGCUACAAUCGAGCUUGUGGUCAAUUAUUUGAUCCAGAAACAAACAAUGAAGAUUCUUGCCAGUAUCAUCCUGGAGUACCAGUUUUUCAUGAUGCUUAUAAGAAAUGGUCUUGCUGUGAUAAGAAAACGACUGAUUUUACUGAAUUUUUAAAUAUAAAGGGUUGUGCAAAUUCAUACCAUAGCAAUGUGAAACCACCAGAGCCUAAGAAACCAUCAAAAGAAGUUAUGGAAGAAGAAGCUCCCCCUGUGCGGAAACCCUUACAACAGCAACAGAACAGGGUUCGACCUGAUGUGAACGAACCAAUGGAACAUAUUCAGUCGAAAAUAGGAACAUCACUCAAACCUCUCCUUGAAAAAACAUUAAAAGAAAUGGCUCUGGAAACAGAAAAAAUUAAUGAUGGGGAAAUUCAAUUAAAUACUCCUUGUCAUAACAAAGGUUGCCGAGAGGUUUAUAAAGGAGAAUACAGUAAUAUUGAAACUUGCAUGUACCACAGUGGAAUACCUGUUUUUCAUGAAGGGAUGAAAUAUUGGUCUUGCUGUGUAAAACGUACAACAGAUUUCGAUAGCUUUUUGGAGCAAGUUGGUUGUACUACCGGAAAACAUAAAUGGCAUAAGGAUAUAACAACUGAAAGCCAAGCUAAGUGUCGAUAUGACUGGCAUCAAACUGCCCAAUCAGUUAUUAUUUCAGUUUACUCUAAAUGUCCUUUACCUGAACUGUCUUACGUGGAAGCAAAUCCAGUAAAGCUACACAUGCAUAUAGCCUUUGGUAAAGAAAAACAAAUUUUUGAAGAAGAAGUUAUUUUGUUUGGUGUUGUUGAUGUUAAGGGCUCUACUGUGACAUACCUGGGAAGCAAGGUAGAAAUAAUCUUGAAGAAAGCUGAAUCUCAGAGUUGGAAAGACCUUAGGCUAAGAGAAACUAUACCCAAUUUCAACAAUAUGUCUCUAGACGAUGAUAAUAAAUAAUUGUUAUUUAAAACGCACAUCUUAUUUCAAGCAUUUUGUUAUGCAUAAUUUAUUUAAAUAAAAUUACUACUUGUUAUGCAACAGAAA